AAAUUAUGAGUGAGCUGGACCAAUUAGAACAGAGAAGAAUCAAUAGAUAUAGAGGAUUGAUAAUCACAUAGCGUAUUAAUUAUUUUAAAUUGUCUCAGAUUUUUGGUAUUCAGAAUUGAGUGUACUAUAUGUAGAAGAGCCAAACUCAACUAGUUUUCUAUUGAAGAGUGUAAUAAUUGUUGUAUUCUCAAAGAUUUCAAUUUUUAUUCUGGAAAGUAGGUCUUAGUUUUUGCUAGUGAAAGGCUAAAAUGGAAUAUAGAGGAUUGAGACAAUUAAUUUAGAAUUGAGGUGUUAUUGUUGUGUUGUAAAAGUAGAAGAAAGAGGAGGUGAAGAUGAAGAAUAAGGGAGAGGAUGUAGAGACACCAUUUUCAUUAGCAAAAGACUUAACAAUUAGUCUUUUAAGGGUGAUUUUAAUGUUGAUCAUAUUUGUAGUUGGGGUAGUAAUUGGAUUGGCUUCAACCUCACAUAUGUACUUUACUUUGCAACCUCAGCAGAUUAUUAUUGCAAAUAAUGCAUUGGCUAAUACAAUGAACCAAGAUAGUAGUGGCAAUUGUAAAAAGGAGGAUUGUUUAAGCAUGGGAAGUUUCUUUUGGCCCAAAGUAUUGAUACAUGGAAUGUCGGACGAUGAAUUGUUUUGGAGAGCUUCAUUGGUGCCUUACAAGGAAGAGUAUCUAUUUAAGAGAGUACCUAAAGUGGCUUUUAUGUUCUUGACUAGGGGAGAUCUACCAUUGUUGCGAUUGUGGGAGAGGUUCUUUGACGGGCAGGAUGUGAACAAAUACUCGAUAUUUGUUCAUUCGCUCCCAGGAUAUGUGCUUAGUGUUUCCAAUACCUCAGUUUUUUACAAGCGCCAGAUCCCAAGUCAGCAGGUUGAAUGGGGAUCUGUAACACUGGUUGAUGCUGAGAGGCGACUUCUGGCCAAUGCCCUGCUGGACUUCUCAAAUGAGCGUUUCGUCCUUCUUUCUGAUAGUUGCAUUCCACUUUACAGUUUCCCAACUGUUUACAAGUAUCUCAUAGGGUCCAUCCAUAGUUUUGUUGAAUCAUAUGAUGAUCCUUCUAGUUAUGGGCGUGGGCGUGGGCGUUAUAACCACCACAUGCAACCUGAUAUCAAACUUUCUGAUUGGAGAAAAGGAUCGCAGUGGUUUGAGAUGAACCGGAAACUGGCUGUCAGAAUAGUUCUAGAUACCAAAUACUACAAUAUCUUCCGGAAGUAUUGCACACCAACUUGCUACCCAGAUGAGCACUAUAUUCCUACGUAUAUUCGAUUGUUCUAUGGACCUUCAAAUGCAAACCGAACAGUGACAUACGUUGAUUGGUCAUUAGGGGCCUCCCAUCCUGCAACAUUCAGCGCAGUUAAUAUCACUGAAGGUUUCAUAGAAUCUCUAAGGAAUAAUGGCGCGGCGUGUUCUUACAACUCAGAGAAGGCACAUAUCUGUUACCUCUUUGCCAGAAUGUUUGAUCCAAGUGCUCUAAAACCUUUACUGAACCUCUCCUCCAAAGUAUUGAAAUUUUGAAGAAUUGCUCUUGAGAGAUGAGGGUAUUUUUUUCACCCUUUCCUUACUGAUUUAUUCUGAUAGUAUUACUUCUUUUGGCCCAUGUAUGCAACUUUGCUAUUGACUUACUAAAAUCUUGUAGUGAAAUGUGUAGAAUCAUCA